UUAUCAUUCAUUUCACUAUUGACAAUCUAAUGAUCGAUAUCGUAUUGCAAUUUUGUUUUCGUUUAAAUUGCUGAUUCAAUUUGUCGUUUAUUUUGCAUCAUAAUUUGUUUUUUUCUUUUUCUUGUCUACAAUUUCACACACACACACACACCUACAAUUUAUUCUUCUCUAUAAUUUUGUCUAUCUCUCUCUCUCUAUCUCUCUAUCGCACACACACACAAAACAAAAAUGGUCUUUAAUCAACAAGAACAAAAUGGCGAUCCGAAAAAUUUGGCCACAACACCACCACGUCCAACACGUGUUAGUGGAUCAUAUAUUAUUGAACAAAAUAUGGGUAGCCAUCGUGAUCCGGUGCAUAUUAUUUUUUCCAUGAAAGAUGGCUCAAAAGCUGGUUCACUUGCUGAUGCAUUGAAAAUAUUCAAAGAUUAUAAUAUUAAUCUUUUUCGUAUUGAAUCACGAUCAUCAAAACGUUAUGAAAGUGAUUAUGAAUUUUUGGUUGAAUGUUCAGCACAGGCAAUCGGUCUGGCAGUAGCAUUGGAUGAAUUGAAAAAACAAACACAAUAUAUUCAAGUAAUUUCACGUGAUAAAGCCAACGAAGAAACUGUUCCAUGGUUUCCAAGAAAAAUUAAAGAUCUAGAUCGAUUUGCAAAUCAUAUUCUAUCAUAUGGUUCUGAAUUGGAUGCUGAUCAUCCGGGCUUCAAAGAUCAAGUGUACCGAGAACGGCGAUCGUAUUUUGGUGAAUUGGCCAUGAAAUAUAAACAUGGACAACCAAUUCCUCGUGUUGAAUAUACUGAACAAGAAAUUGGUACAUGGAGCAUAGUGUUUCGUGAAUUGAUUAAACUUUAUCCAACACAUGCAUGUAAAGAACAUAAUCAUAUUUUUCCAUUAAUGAUUGAAAAUUGUGGCUAUUCAGAGACAAAUAUUCCACAACUUGAAGAUGUUUCCAAUUUUUUAAAAGAUUGCACCGGAUUCACUUUACGUCCAACAGCCGGCCUAUUGAGUUCAAGAGAUUUUCUUGCUGGUCUUGCAUUUCGUGUAUUUCAUUGUACCCAAUAUAUACGUCAUCAUUCAAAACCAAUGUAUACACCUGAACCGGAUAUUUGUCAUGAACUAUUAGGUCAUGCACCAUUAUUUGCUGAUCCAAGUUUUGCACGAUUUUCACAGGAGAUUGGUUUAGCCAGUUUAGGUGCACCGGAUGAAUAUAUUGAAAAAUUGGCCACUUGUUAUUGGUUUACAGUGGAAUUUGGUCUUUGUAAACAGGACAAUCAAUUAAAAGCUUAUGGUGCUGGUUUAUUAUCAAGUUUCGGUGAACUUGAAUAUUGUUUAAGCGGUAAACCGGAGAUAAAAAAUUUUGAUCCAAAUCAAACAAGUGAACAACAGUAUCCAAUCACUGAAUUUCAACCAAUCUAUUAUCUUGCCGAAAGUUUUGAUGAUGCACAGAAAAAAUUAAGAGAAUUUGCCUUUUCCAUCCCACGACCAUUUACUGUACAUUAUAAUCCGUACACAUCAAACAUCGAGAUAAUCGAUUCGAAAACACAGCUAGAACAUUUAGGCCGUGAUAUUGAAAAUGAAAUGCAGAUAUUGGUGGAAAGUAUAAAAAAGAUUAACACGCUCGUGUAAAUCUCAUGAAACAAGAUUGAAAUUUUUGUCUGUCUGUUUGUUAUUUUUUAAACAAAAUAAAAUUCGAACGAAAUGCUGUUGACAUUAUCGACGACGACGACGACGAAUUUGUAUGUUCAACACGAACAUUAUUAUCUAAAUGUUCCAUGUUUCUAUUAUCGUUAUUAUUAUUAUUAUUAUUAUUAUUCAUUUGAUGGAAUAAAUUUGAAAUUGAUCCUUUUAACGAA